AUGCCCAAUGGCGAAAAGAUCAGAUCGGACGAAUUCAGGGUCGGCGGCCACGACUGGCGUCUUGAGUGCUAUCCAAACGGCCUCACGGGAAAUCGCGGCUUCGUUUCCCUCUACCUCACCCACGCCAGCCACGCCAAGACCGGCGACGCCACGGCAAGGCUCCAGUUCAGUAUACUCGACCAGUCCUGCUGGGAGCCAUCGUGCACUAAGUUCUCAGAUGACUAUUAUCGUUUUUCAGAUACUCAUGGCCCUCAUCUCUCUUGGGGGUUUGGAAAUUUCAUUGAACAUGAGGAUCUGGACAAGGAGAAGCAUCUCAAGGACGACCGCCUCAUGAUCAUGUGCGACGUCACAGUCGCAGGGCUGCGCGCCGACGAUGACGAUGACCACGCAGUUGCAGAGGUUGAGCCGGCGUCGCCACCGUUCGACUUGCAUGGGCCAGAUGGACAAGCCAUCUGGAAUACCGAAAAACCGGACUUGGAGAUCGAGGCCGGUGGGGAGACGUUCCCCGUCCACCGGAGGGUGCUCGAGGCCCGGUCGCCUGUCUUCAAGGCAGAUCUCUCCCUCGCCGGGGGAGCAGCUAAACUACGCAUCGAUGACAUGGAUGCUGACGUGUGCAAGGCUCUGCUCCGGUUCUUCUACGAUGAGAUACCCGGUACGGAGUUGCUAGAGAACGCUGGGAUGGCGGAGCGGCUGCUCAUUGCGGCGAACAGGUAUAAGGUGGAGAAACUUAAGCACAUCUGCGAGAAGGCGCUGCUGCCGAGCGUCAGCCUGAGCUCCGUGGCUGACACCCUCGCGUUGGCGGAGCGGCAUCAUUGCCCCGAGCUGAGGGAGGCAUGCGUGCGGUUCCUCUCUUCUCGUGACAACAUUGUAGCGCUUGCGGAGACGGAUGGUUUUGAGAAGAUGAAGAAAGAUUGCCCCUCUGCUCUGCUGGAGCUGCUCGUCAAAUAG